AAAAUCCUUUUACAACCACAGGCGUCUCUGAUAUGGGACUCUCAGCUUCUAAACGAGUCAACCAAACCCUCACAAACUCAUCCGAUUUCAACUCAGCUUGCGACUCAGUCUACGAGUCCUCACUCGCUCUUGCCCAACACGCCUUUCCAGGAAUCAGACCUUACCAACUCUUCUCUUCGAUCGAACGCCUUCAUCAAUCUCUCUCCAUUCCUCUGAUUACCAAAUGGGUCCCGUCUCCUCCAACCAGGGAGCAAGUUGACCGGGCUUUUAAGGUCGUUAUUAACCGUCGCAGCCGGCCUGGCCUGAGUCAAGAAGAAGAAAACGAAGACGACGUGAUCGGAAAGGAGGAAUUUAAAGAGGUCGCCCUCGAGGUUUUCACUGACGGCGUCGUUUCCAACGCGCGUAAAGAGGUAUUGAAGAGGGUUCCUGUUGGGGUUGCGGGAAUCGCUGGAGUGGGGAUGUUGGUUCGGCCUGGGAAAGAAGUUGUUGGCACGGUGAUGGGUGUGUACGCGCUUGGUGUUGCUACUGCUGUUUAUCUUAGUUUGGCUGGCUGAUUGCCGAUUACCUCGAUGUAUUGAUUUUUUUUUAUUUAUUUUUUUACCCUCCCAACCCGUGAGUUAGAAUCACUGAGUUUGUUUGGAUAUAGAGAAUUUGGUUUGCUUAAUUUAUUCUCACAAA